UUCACUUCGUGCAGUCCAACGCUUCUCGCGUUUGCUUAUUCCCGAAGAUGAAUGGUUCUCCAUGGAGAUUGUUUUAGGACCGCGGAAACACCUGAGCGUUAAAGCAGAGAAAACCGUAACGUGAUAGAGGAUAAUGACGAAGAGAGGGAUGCGUGUGGAUCUGUUGCUUCUUCUUUUCGUUCUUAGGCGACACCGCGCAAGAUAAUCGCGCGCAUCCUCGCGCAAUAAUCACGGAUAAAAUGACGCGCUGUCGUAUCACGCUCUCGGCAACUGUACACAAUGAAUACCGAUCGAUUCACGAGAAUACGGAGCGCUCCCUUUAUAUUCCAAAGCGCCGCCGAGCGUGCAAGAACCACCGACACAGGCCGCCAUUCUGCGUGUUCUGCAAACAGAAUUUUGCCGAUCACCGGGCACACCGGGCGUUUUCGUCGCUUUCCGAAAGCGUUGAAGCAAAUACAAAACGACGCCGACGGCGCGACGAGGCUCGUCCCGGCUCGUUCACGGACGGUGGGUCUUUAAUGACUUGUACAAAUGAAGUUCCGAUAAAAAGGAAGACGGCCGGCCAUCGCGCCUCGCAAACGGCAGCCACUUAUCGCGGACAUGAUGAAGAGAGUGCACGGUGGGUGCAGGCCGAAAUGCAACCUCGACUCCGGUCUACGAGACUCCAUUUCACGACCAUCGCUCCGCAUAACCAGUCUUUAUUGAUACGGAGCAGAUGCAGGAGCUGCGUUGCGAUGACGGUUCGGAUGCUGCGGAUACGGUUCGAUCGUGUGCAGAUGCGCGUAGAACUUUCUGAUCGAGAAGCGUACGCCUCGUUAAAACACCGUUGACUUAACAGUAAAUGAUAUGCAGUGA